CAAAAUAACAAACAUUUGACAGUCGCGCUCAGAAGUGAUACCAAAGGUGCAUCGAUUUUUUUUUGUUCGUUGGAUCAGUUUGAGUGCAAUGCGUCCUCCGACUCAGUUUGGUGACAACAUCGCCGCGGAGGCCGAGAACGAGCCCGACCCGAGGAUGAUGUCCAUGAUGAUCUGCACGCGGCUGGCCGGAAGGGCCGUCAUCAGGGUUGUGGGACGGUGCAACGAGGCCAAAGGAAACAAUAAUCUCGAUCUCUCCAAUUGCCAGCUUAUGCAAGUACCAGACGCAGUGUACCACCUGAUGAGGCACACUGAACUCAAAACCUGUGAUCUAAGUGAUAAUGUGAUUACGAAAAUACCUCCGAAAUUCGCUGUUAAAUUCAGUUCGAUAACGGACUUGAAUCUAUCACACAACCAGAUGGCGAAACUUCCAGACGAAAUCGCAGAUCUGGGCUCCCUGGAAAGACUGGAUAUCUCCCACAACACCUUCAUAUCUCUGCCAAACUGUAUAUUUAAGAUCUCCAAGCUGCAGCAGCUCAACGCCAACAACAACCACAUAAUCGAUGUGGACGUGGAAUGUUUGGAGGAGGCGCCCUCGCUCGAAUCCGUAGACCUAAGUAGCAACCCUUUGUCCCCCAGGUGUCACGACCGGCUGUCCGGGAUCUCCAGGAUCAGGAUAACGCUGACGCCGAGAGAGAAAGAGGACUGGGAGGAUCUCACCAUCUAGUAGAAGAUCUCAAAAUCGCACUGCCAUUUAGAAAUAAUCGAAUGUGUUUUAAUACGCAAUCGGGUUGGGACGAAUGUGCAAUACGACUUUUAGUUUAGUUAUUAGUUGUUUACGAUUCGUCUGUUAAACGUGAAACAUUUUUGAUUAUUUCGUCUCCUGGUAGCUCAUCCCAAAGCAGGGUGCUAAUCUAAGGCCUGUGCAGUUAGUCUAAUUUGAACGUUAAAGUAUUUGUAUUUUUUAUAAUUGAUAUUGUAGUUGAUACUUUUCAGAAAAUACUAAUGACGGGACUCGACGCACGACCUGACGUAGCUUUAUUGUACUUUUUCUCAAGGUCUCCGUUGAGGUCUCGCUGAAUGUGUGUAUUAUUUUGUACUGACACUGUGUUGUUUAUAUGAUUGUAUAUUUAUAGUGAUGAAAUUAUAUUUUGUACUUAUUUGACAUGAUGUUGGCUUUUUCAUCUAGUCAUGUUGUGAUCGGGAUGCAUAAUGUCCUUUGUAGUGUCUAGAUGUCUCCCAAAUGAAAAAAUGUCAAAUAAAAAUUCAAAGACUCGAA